UUCAAUAAUUAAAUAAAAAGUAAUGGAUGAAUUCUACAACUUCAUAAGGUUAUAAUAUGAUUUAGAUUAGUUAUAAAAUUUAAGUUUGAAAUUUCCCUCUCUUGGUAUGUAUAAAUUGAUUUGGAAGAACUCUUAAUGAAAGAAAGAAUUGGAAAUAGAGGUAAAUGAAGU